GGCAGGACUCUUUUGAACAUAUCUUUCGACUCUGCUGGCACUCACCUUUACACAGCAGUAGGCGCCAUCGCUAUUCCUUCUCCUCUAGCUUCUAGCAGCGCAGACAUGGCAGCAUUAAAACCACAUCACCAAGACGUCAGUUUAAGUCCAGAUAGUGUUUGGAUUGUGCGAGCCGGAAGUAACAUACUAUGGAUACCGUCUGAGUAUCGGCCAUCACGCUCGGCUGUGAGUGGGGCUCUAGUAGGCAUGGGAGCAGGAUCAGGGAGGAUAUGGUUUUGUCAGGCAAUCUAG